UCCAACCAACCGAAGUAGACCUCAAAAUCUGCCAAUACUAAGAACCCAGAUCAUCAAAUUCCUUUUAAACCCUUCUACAUGUCAAUUCAUUAAUCUAAACUAAACCCACUUCAUAAGUAAAAUUACAAAUGAAACUUUCUCCCCCUUCAUCUGAAACAUAAACUCAAAGCACGAAACAAAAGAUUUUUCCUCUCCUCGUGCUUCCAGUGCGGUCCUUUCCGCCCUCCGCCGUCGCCGCUGAUUCCGGCAGUGCUACUCUUUCCAUCCGUUGCCGCCGCCUCCUUAAUUUUCAGGUGUGUCACUGCUGCUCUUUGAGAGGUAGUUAUCGGCUCUUGUUUAUAUGACUUCUCUCAAUCCACAUGCUUGAUACAGAACAGUGUAAUCAGGCCAUGGAGGCGGAGGAUUGGGAAAGCUGUUCUUCAUCCGAAUUGAUUGAUAGUACUGAUGAUACUGCUUUGAAAGACGAAGAUUUGUACUAUACGCUCGACUCUUUUCCCAAAUUGCAAUUUAGGAGUGACAUCUCAAAGGCUAAAUGGGAUAAUGAAUUGGGAAUGGCUGAGUUGAUUGAAAAAAAGGGUAAAUUGUGGACAACUACAGGAGUUGUUCGGAACGGAAAGAGCUAUUGCACAAUUGAGGAAACUUUGUUCUUGACUGAAUUGGGGGCAUUAAUUGUUACGGAUGAUGAUGGUACACAUAUUUCCUUAGAAAAUUUGUAUGGGAAGAUUGGAGAUGAAAAGAGUUGGUGUUGCUUGCAGCUUUUUGAGGUUUAUAGGCAUAUGAAGUCUUUAGGCUAUAUUGUUGCACGCCAUGGUCUUCCUUGGUCUGUAAAGAGUGUUAAGAGUAUCUGUCGAUCUGAUUCGAUUAAUGAUGCGCGAGAAAACAAUGAAUUGGUAGUCGAUGUGCAUGUGAAACAGAUGGAUUCAAUUGCGGAAAGUCUGAGGAAUUUGCAGGUCGAUGAGGUGAGAUUGGAUUUUGAUGUUUAUCUUCCAAAUAGCAAGUUUAGAAAGUCAUCUCCUGGUGAUCCAGCUUUUUCGCUAAGCUUAAUUAGGGGUAAUCCACCAUCCAAAUCUGAAAUUGAAGCCCUCGAGAGACAAUGUGGUGAAAUUCCUUUGAAGUUUUGUCAUAUCGAUAACGGCCGUGUCAGCAUUUUUACCUUUCAGAAGGUUGAGCUUCCUGUACUACCAUGACUUCCACAAGAGCAGCUUAAGUAGCAGAUGAUGUGCGGGGAGAUCAGAGAAUAAUUUAAUUGAAUUAAAAAAAAUUGAGACUUUAGGCCAAAAUCGCAUGUAUCUUUAGGAUUAAAUUGUAACUCAACUCUGUUUAUGUAAUAGAAUCCAAUUCUUUUA